AUGACGGCGAAGCAUGCGGGCAACCCAGCGUAUAAAACUCAUCCACUUGUAGCCCGAUGCUCAGCUACGUCUUUCAUUCUUGACGGCUGCAUCCCGAAGCCGGGACUGCGGUGCUCUUAGUUGAGAGUUCUGCUUGGAAGCCAGCCUCGUUGUGCGCCAGCCGGGGAAUCAGCCAUGAAGGGCGUCUGGCUGCUGCUGACCACGCUGCUGAUAUCUGCGCACCUGGAGGUGGCCGGGGGCAGUGACAGAUACGCAGUGGAUUGCCCGGCGGACUGCGAUCCCAACUACUGCAAAAGCAGCCAGCACUGCAAGCAAACCGUGCUGGACGACUGCGGCUGCUGCCGCGUGUGCGCCGCGUCCUUAGGGGGAACUUGCUACCGCACGGUCUCGGGCAUGGACGGCGCCAAGUGCGGCCCGGGGCUGUACUGCCACUUUUCCAACCAGGAGGAUGCUUUUGGUGAAGAGUUCGGUAUCUGCAAAGAAUGUCCUUAUGGUACCUAUGGAAUGGGAUGCAAAGAGACCUGCGAAUGUUCGUCUGGCAUAUGUGACAAAGUCACUGGAAAAUGUUUGAAAUUUCACUUUUUCCAGGCUUCGAGGCCUUCCAAAAGGAGACUGAUGCCUUCUUCAGAUCACGACAUGGCUUCUGGAGACGGCAAUGCAGUCAAAGAUCAAUUUGUGAAAAACAAUGCAGGUCACCCUCCAGAAACGAAAUGGUUAAAGCCUCGCUGAUAUUGGGUAUGG